AUGAAUGUAGCAGUAAUGGAACCACAAGAGGAAUACUGUAGGAUAACAGCACCUAAUAUACUACUAGUUAUAGCUGAUGAUUUGGGAUGGGCUGAUAUUGGCUUCAGCCACAAGCCUGAUGGGUUUGUGUCUGACAAAGGAAUACCCGAAACUCCACACUUGGAUAGAACUGCUGAAGAAGGUUUAGUUCUAGACAAUCUGUAUACUCAAGCAGCAUGUACUCCAACAAGGGGAUCAUUAAUGACAGGAAAAUAUGCUUUUAGGCUCGGACAACUGUUUACUUCUUCUGUCAUGGGACCGCAAGAGAAGGAGAGCUCUUCUCACAAGUUUCUAUCCAAGGAGCUUGCCGAAAGAGGGUACAAAGUACACGGGGUUGGUAAAUGGCACCUGGGACACAGGGAAAAGAGAUAUCGUCCCACUGAAAGAGGAUUUGAUAGUUUCUACGGUCUGUACAAAGGAAUGGGGACUCACUACACUCACCACCACGUCUCCCACCCCUGGCUAGGUGAAACGUGGGGACGGCACUUUGGAGAUCAUGAUUUUCAUUAUGACUACAGGAACGGGUCUGAGUCUGUGUUGACUGAGACUGAGGAUGAUGAAGGAGUUCACUCUACUGAAUUGUUUACUAAAGCAGCAGUCAGUAGAAUAAAGGAGCACGAUAAAACAUCACCUUUGUUUCUGUUUUGGACUACACAAAAGAAACCGUAA